AUGGUUUCGUUCAAGACCUCUGCGGCUCUCGUAGCGGCUGCCGUCCUGUCCCUCGGUGCCCAGGCUCAAUACACGUACUAUAUCGAUCCCAACAGUGUGCCCCUCUCCACUCGUACAUCAUGGUGCCAGUCACAAAUCGCCUCUUGCCCAUUGCUCUGCCUCCAGCUUUCGGGACAAUCGUCUACCACCGAGUCAAACAGCUGUGACCCAGCCAGCCUCAACUAUGAAUGUAUCUGCGGCAACGGUCUAGCGCCCAACGCUGCCAAUUACUCACAGACAAUCCCAUACUUCGAAUGCACGGAGUACGGAAACCAAUGCGUUGCAGGAUGCAACGGCAACUCGGCCUGCCAGACCUCGUGCAGAGUUGACCACCCAUGCGGAGCCCAGGACCCAACCAGAAUUAAUGCUACAAGCACUACUUCCUCCAGUACUGCAUCGUCAACUUCCGGAUCUGCGUCGGGAUCUGCAGCUGCAAGCAGUGGCAGUGAUGGCGUCCGCUUUACAGGUCUUGGAGGCGCCGCCGCCACUUCAUCCGCUUCAUCCUCGUCCUCUACUUCUUCCUCUACGAGCGACAGCAAGAAGAGCGGCUCUCAAGCGGCCUUGGACCUUGGACGCAGCUAUGGCCUUGCUGUUGUCUUCGCUGGUCUUUUCGCCGGAUUCGCCUUGGUCAUGUAG